GCUCCGCGGCUCCCUCGCGUCACGGAGAAGCAGCCAAGUCCACGCGGCAGCAGGACACGGACGCAGCUCUCCGUCCGCCCCUCCUUGCUUCCGGUUUGCUUAGCUCUCUUGCGCACUACUGUCGUGAUACAGCGUUGCCAUGGUUACAAAUAACAGAUAUUAGAUUCAGAACAACCUCAACUUCCUUGACAGUCCCGGUGUCCGCCCGCUGUCAACAGAGAUACCUGCCGGAGUGUCUCCGGACGCAUCUGAGACCACCUGAGUCCAGGAGAGCGCACCAGGCAGGAGCCGUCCAAGUGUUGCGCGCUCCGGUCUACUUGGGGAAAAAAUUGCGAGCUACCUACUUGAAGAUAAACCUCUUUGGACUUUGUAGAUUUUACUGUCCGUUUCCCGGUAAUCAUGCAGGAUAAAGGCACAUUUAUCAGCCCUUUCCCCAGACCGCGGUGUCUGGCGGCCGCGGCGCCGGCGGGGAAAGCGAAAUUAACUCACCCGGGAAAGGCGAUCCUGGCAGGUGGAAUUGCAGGUGGCAUAGAGAUCUGCAUCACCUUCCCCACAGAGUAUGUCAAGACCCAGCUCCAACUGGAUGAACGGGCCAAUCCACCCAAAUACAGAGGAAUAGGUGACUGUGUGAAACAGACGGUUCAGGGUCACGGUGUUAAAGGGCUGUACAGAGGCCUGAGCUCGCUGCUGUACGGAUCCAUACCCAAAUCUGCCGUCAGGUUUGGGGUGUUUGAGUUCCUCAGCAACCGUGCAAAGGAUGAGUCGGGCCGUCUGGACAGCACCAGAGGCCUGCUGUGCGGGCUCGGAGCCGGAGUGAUGGAGGCCGUUUUGGUGGUCUGUCCCAUGGAAACUGUCAAGGUUAAAUUCAUUCAUGACCAGACUUCAGCCUAUCCCAAGUACAAGGGCUUCUUCCACGGAAUCAGAGAGAUCAUCAGGGCGCAAGGACUGAGAGGGACAUACCAGGGUCUCACUGCCACCGUCCUUAAACAAGGCUCCAACCAAGCUAUUCGAUUCUUUGUGAUGACCUCUCUCAAGAACUGGUACAAAGGCGAUAACCCCAACAAAGCUAUCAAUCCCUUGCUGACUGGACUCUUUGGAGCCAUAGCUGGAGCAGCCAGUGUCUUUGGAAACACCCCACUAGAUGUCAUCAAGACAAGGAUGCAGGGUCUGGAAGCACAUAAAUAUAAAAGCACGGUGGACUGUGCUGUAAAGAUCCUGAGACAUGAGGGCUUGGCAGCUUUCUACAAAGGGACAGUUCCUCGGCUGGGCCGGGUGUGUCUGGAUGUGGCCAUAGUUUUCAUCAUCUAUGAGGAGGUGGUGAAGGUCCUGAAUGUGGUCUGGAAGACGGACUGAGCUGCUGGACGUACAGAGAGGGCGACAGCUUCCUGCGUCCCAGCCUUCAGGCACAGAUCCGAGUUUCGCAGACCUCUUCUGUAUCCUAAAACCAGCUGCCGAGGGGGUGAGACAGAGAGCUGAACUCAGAUCAGUGCCUUGUGCUAAGAGAGGCUCAGUGUCGCCCACAUCUGAACAGCUGGAGUGUAUGCAGAGCUUUGCUGCUCAGCACCAAGACACCUGACAAAACCAAGGGUCAGUGUCACGAAGUCAGAUUAUAAAGUUAACCAAAUAAUUGUGAAAAAAGGUGCAUUGUUCCGGAGAUGCGUCAUCAGUUCCUAAAUGGGAAGCAAAAUGACUGCUUAUAAACAACAUUUUUGGAGAACUUUCAGCCCUUUUCUCACGUUAUCUGGUUCACUUUUUGUGUAAACCUGCUUUGUAAAAUGAGCAUCAUUCACUGCUCUUUGCUGUGAGCAUGCAGGCGUCAAACUGGAUUUUCCUCUGUUAGCGCUGCUCUCUGUCUCUUCUUGUGCCUAACAUGGCUUUAAAUUCAGAGGAGCCAGACUGCAGCUGGUUGCAGUUUACAGUCACAUAAACUGCAGCAACAUCCGUAACUAGGCCUUUAACAGAAUGAUUUUACAUCUUUAAUAUAUUAUUUUUAUACAGUGUAGUUACUAGUUGAGUUCAUUACCAGCAUUAUAUUUUCCUGUGAAGUAAGAUUUUAUUGUUGUGCCAAAUGCCAAACCUGUUAUACUAUGAAAGUGUGUUCAAUGGAAGAACAGGCAAAAGUAGCUUAAUUAUCUUAACAAGACAAGAGCAAAUAUUAUGACUUAUAUCGUGACUUUAUAAAUGUAUUUAUUGAAAGUUGAAUGUUGAAUAUGUAGCUGGUUUAGAGGCUUUUUGCUGUUAACUUGUGCCACCUGCGUCAAGUUUUUUCUGUAACCUGGUCUGAGUGUAAAGAUGUUAGGAAAAUAUUAUAUUGCUGUAUUUCACUGUGAGUUUAAAUGACCCAGCGACACUGAGUCGUACAGACCAAGUAACCUCAGACCUCUUUUACCCCGUCACUGGAAGCACUACUGCUCAUCAGGUCAUAUCCUAACACCAGGCUUCCACCACUGGAUGGUCAUCUGUCUUCUGUUUAUUUGUACGCAGUUUACAGUCUCUGCUCCCCACACCUGGGGCUUCCAGCCUGAGGGUGAGGAGGGUCACAGCACGAAUUAUGGGGGUUGUGAUGUCAUUAAAUGAAAAAUAUUCUUCCACUUUACACAUUUUGCUUCAGCUUUUCAGGAAACCGCUCUUGGGUCGAGACAUUAAAAUGUGUAGGGGGGUUGCAUAUAAACACUCCCUCAUUUACUGUAAAGGAAUCGUCCACCAAAAAUCACCAUGUUUCAUUCAGGGUUAGUUGUUACUCCUCACUCAUGUGCCUUUUACUGCUGAGUCUGUUGGUACUUGAGAAAUAUCCUCAUCUGUUAUCGACCUCUUAAGCUCUUUAAUCACCUUACCGGCAAUUUGAGAUUUCUGUGGUCCAGUCAUACUGUUUUCUAAUAAAUAAGAGAUUACAAGAACUGCCUGUGUCAUCAGCAGUGAUGUGAAACAGUCAUAAAUUAUAUGUAUUACUAUAAGUAUAUAAUUCUGUCAAAACACAGAUACAGGAUCAUAUUUCACCUAUUUAUGAAAUAAUGUUGAGCUUUUUUUAUUUUUCUGUUUGUCCAAACAAAAUGUUCCUUACUGCCAAAUAGCCAAGAGAAAAUGUUAUUGUCAUACAAAUCAAUGUAUUCCGAGGCUUUGUGUGUAGGUUCGUCAUGAUGGAGCUUGUGCAAUAAACACCGUGCCCUCCUUUUGUCUGUGCUUAAUGUU